AUGGCAGAUUCUGCACUCACUCAAACAUCCUCUGACAUGACCACUUUGGUCGACCAGUCCCCUGUGACUACUGCUGCUCCUUCUCCCUCAAGCGCAUACGUGAAUCCUUCCCAGAUGGUCACUCCAGAACCACAGGCAGGCCCUUCUCACUACCGCACUCAAAAAGACAAAGUCGCUGUAAGGAAACGCAGACGCGAUGAAGACACCGAAGCUCCACGCAAAAGCAGGGACGGUCCCAAGAAAAAGAAAGCAAAUCGUGCCUGCGCGCACUGCCAGAAAGCACAUUUAACAUGUGAUGAUUCUCGUCCUUGCCAGCGCUGCGUAAAGCGUGGAAUUGCGAGUACUUGUACAGAAGGUCACCGCAAGAAAGCCAAGUAUCUUCUCGAUGAUGACGAACUUCAACAACUUAAGAAAAAGGGCAGAGUUCCUGAAUCGAGUUCAGAGCCCGCACCCGCGCUCCAACCGACAUCUGAACCCUUCCAAUCGCACGAUCCACUCUUUAAUGUGUCGUUCGAUCCCAAUUUCACGUUCGGCUCCGAGGCCGCCAACUUAGAGUACUCCAUACUUUCUGCGAUCUUGGGUAAUCCAAGUCCUCCUGAAUCCGGCACGGCCCCAUCUCCGUCACAACAGCAACAACAGCAACAGGUUUCCCAGCCACUCCCAAAUUCGGCCUGGUCUCCUGAGCCACUUCACGCGCAACCCCAGUAUAUGCAAGGAGCGCCAAGCAACUUUGGCUCCCCGUUCGGCGAUCCGCCCCAGUUAUCGAUGCCACAGACGGACAGCCUGUCUGCUUCUCAACCGUCACCAACCUUUCUUGCCAGCUAUCCUCCGGCGCUAUGUCCACGACCUUCUUCGCCAGCGCUGCAAUAUUCUUACGCACAACCACAGCCGCAAUUAUCGGCUCCAUAUCACCCCCUUGCACCGCAUUAUUCGCGUGGUGUCAUCAGUCUCGGUUCCUCAAGUGUAAUGCGAACGCCAUCGAGGGAUACUCGUUCUCACUCCUACGAGUCUUCGUCGCGGACGUCUCCAUCGCCUACGAUCCAAAGUGGCGAUCAUCACUCUGUUCGUACCAUCAACGUAACAGCGCCUUAUGAUUAUACUGAAGGUUACCACUUUCUCAUGAAGCAUCUCCCGAGUCGUUUUGAAAAGAAUGACAUAUUACGCAUCGUCCGAGCACUCGCCAUUUUCCGGCCAUCGCUUAUUGCUCUGCAAAUGCCUAUGACGGAUGAGGACGAGGUGUUCGUGGAGAAAUGUUUCCAGAGAUCACUGCUCGAACUCGAAAAGCUUAUAUCGUACAGCGGCACACCAACGGUGGUCUGGAGGCGCACUGGCGAAAUAUGUCUCGUCGCACCCGAGUUUUGCAUGCUCACCGAGUGGCGCCUGGAAGACCUCGUUGGAAAGCGCAAGUACAUAUAUGAGCUAUUCGAAAACCAAUCCGUCGUCGAAUAUUGGGAAAACUUCGCCUCUCAUGCAUUUGAGAAUACAACCAAAUCGGUAUACUCGCAUUGCGUUCUCCUCAAGCCCUCCGGCGCGCCGAUUCCCUCGACCUUUUGUUUCUCGAUACGAAGGGACAUCUUUGAUCUUCCCAGCAUAGUCAUCGGCCAGUGGUUACCGCUCCUAUGACCCGAUGUCCCACCCGGA